CCUUCCACUUUUUCUACGCCGGUGAAGCCAAGCGGUUGUUAUGUGGUAUGACGCCGUUUAUGUGAAGUGAAAAAACUUAAUCUGAACGCAUCAUUGUUAAAAUGUGUAAAAUAAUUGAAUAAAAUAGCAAAAGGCUUAAAAUAGUACAGCAUCGACAUGUACCUGUAUAAUUUGACGCUCCAAAAAGGCACUGGCGUCACCCAUGCGGUGCACGGCAACUUUUCGGGCGGCAAGCAGCAGGAAGUGCUACUCUCACGUGGCAAGUCGCUGGAGCUGCUGCGGCCCGAUCCGAACACCGGCAAAGUACAUACGCUGAUGUCGACGGAAAUCUUUGGCUGCAUACGUGCGCUUAUGGCCUUUCGUUUAACAGGAGGCACAAAAGAUUAUAUCGUCGUGGGCUCGGAUUCUGGACGCAUUGUAAUUCUGGAGUAUAUCCCCAGCAAGAAUUCGCUGGAAAAGGUGCAUCAAGAGACAUUCGGCAAGUCGGGCUGUCGUCGUAUUGUGCCUGGACAGUACUUUGCCAUUGAUCCAAAGGGUCGUGCAGUGAUGAUUGGUGCCGUUGAAAAACAAAAGUUGGCAUAUAUCAUGAAUCGAGAUACCCAGGCCCGACUUACCAUAUCUUCGCCACUGGAGGCACACAAGUCCAACACCCUGACUUACCACAUGGUUGGCGUGGAUGUUGGUUUUGAUAAUCCAAUGUUUGCAUGUCUGGAGAUCGACUAUGAGGAAGCUGACUUGGAUCCAUCAGGUGAUGCUGCCCAACGCACACAACAAACUCUAACGUUUUAUGAACUUGACUUGGGCUUAAAUCAUGUGGUGCGCAAGUACUCGGAGCCACUGGAAGAGCAUGCAAAUUUCUUGGUUUCUGUGCCCGGUGGGAAUGACGGACCCUCCGGUGUACUCAUUUGCUCGGAGAAUUAUCUGACUUAUAAGAAUCUGGGCGAUCAGCACGACAUACGUUGUCCCAUACCACGUCGACGCAAUGAUCUAGAUGAUCCGGAGCGUGGCAUGAUCUUUAUAUGCUCUGCAACACAUCGCACCAAGAGCAUGUACUUCUUUUUGCUGCAAACCGAGCAGGGUGAUAUAUUUAAGAUCACCCUCGAGACGGAUGACGAUGUGGUGUCUGAAAUAAAACUGAAGUACUUUGAUACAGUGCCUCCCGCGACGGCAAUGUGUGUGUUGAAGACUGGUUUUCUAUUUGUGGCCAGCGAAUUUGGCAACCACUAUCUGUACCAAAUUGCACAUCUGGGCGACGACGAUGACGAACCCGAAUUCAGCUCUGCUAUGCCACUGGAGGAGGGUGAAACCUUCUUUUUUGCUCCACGUGCAUUAAAGAAUCUCGUCUUGGUCGAUGAGUUACCCUCGUUUGCGCCGAUUAUCACCUCACAGGUGGCUGAUCUGGCAAAUGAAGAUACACCGCAGUUGUAUGUGCUUUGUGGGCGUGGACCACGCUCAACACUUCGUGUACUGCGUCACGGUCUUGAGGUAUCGGAGAUGGCUGUCUCUGAGCUGCCCGGCAAUCCAAAUGCUGUGUGGACUGUCAAGAAACGCAUUGAUGACGAAUUUGAUGCCUAUAUUAUCGUUUCCUUCGUGAAUGCCACACUGGUUCUGAGCAUUGGUGAAACCGUUGAGGAAGUGACGGACAGCGGCUUUUUGGGCACCACGCCAACAUUGUGUUGUGCUGCGCUCGGCGACGAUGCUCUGGUGCAGGUGUAUCCAGAUGGCAUUCGUCAUAUACGAUCCGAUAAGCGUGUGAACGAGUGGAAAGCGCCCGGCAAGAAAUCCAUUACCAAAUGCGCCGUUAAUCAACGUCAAGUGGUCAUAACGCUGUCUGGUCGUGAGCUGGUCUAUUUUGAAAUGGAUCCGACUGGUGAGCUAAACGAAUAUACGGAACGUUCAGAAAUGCCGGCCGAGAUAAUGUGCAUGGCUUUGGGCACGGUGCCGGAGGGCGAGCAGCGUUCUUGGUUCUUGGCUGUCGGUCUGGCUGAUAACACUGUGCGCAUACUUUCGCUGGAUCCGAAUAAUUGUCUGUCGCCAUGCUCUAUGCAGGCUCUGCCCUCGCCAGCCGAGUCACUGUGUCUGGUCGAAAUGGGUCACACAGAGAGCACCACCAAUGCUGGUGGUGCGGAUGAUGAUGUGCCGGCACAGCGCAGCGGUGGCAGCAAUAAAGGCACCAUCUAUCUGAAUAUUGGAUUAAGUAACGGUGUCUUGUUACGUACUGUGCUGGAUCCCGUGUCUGGUGACUUGGCGGAUACGCGCACACGUUACUUGGGUUCGCGACCGGUGAAGCUGUUUCGCAUUAAAAUGCAGGGCGCCGAAGCCGUGUUGGCUAUGUCCAGCCGUACUUGGCUGUCCUAUUACCAUCAGAAUCGUUUCCAUUUGACACCGCUGUCGUAUGAGACGCUGGAGUAUGCCUCGGGCUUUUCCAGCGAGCAGUGCAGUGAGGGCAUUGUGGCUAUUUCGACGAACACAUUGCGUAUCCUGGCGCUGGAGAAACUGGGCGCUGUCUUCAAUCAGGUGGCCUUUCCACUGCAGUUUACGCCGCGCGCCUUUGUCAUACAUCCGGAUACGGGUCGGAUGCUAAUUGCCGAAACAGAUCAUAAUGCUUACACUGAGGAUACUAAGAAUACACGUAAAGAACAAAUGGCCGAGGAAAUGCGUAGCGCUGCCGGUGACGAGGAGCGUGAAUUGGCCAGAGAAAUGGCCAACGCUUUCAUCAAUGAAGUGCUGCCCGAGGAUGUGUUCUCUGCACCCAAGGCAGGCCUGGGUCUGUGGGCUUCGCAAAUACGUUGUCUAGAUGCCAUGCAUGGCCAGACGAUGUUCAGCGUGCCGUUAACACAAAACGAGGCCAUAAUGUCUAUGACGCUGCUUAAGUUCUCCGUUGCGGCAGAUGGUCGUUAUUAUUUGGCCGUGGGCAUCGCCAAGGACCUGCAGUUGAAUCCACGCAUUUCGCAGGGCGGCUGUAUUGAUAUCUACAAAAUAGAUCCAACCUGCUCAGCUCUGGAGUUUUUGCAUCGCACCGAGAUCGAUGAGAUACCCGGCGCAUUGUGUGGCUUCCAGGGUCGCUUGCUGGCUGGCUGUGGCCGCAUGCUCCGCAUCUAUGAUCUUGGCAAAAAGAAAAUGCUGCGCAAGUGCGAGAACAAACACAUUCCUUACCAGAUUGUCAACAUUCAAGCGAUGGGUCAUCGCGUCUACGUAUCGGAUGUGCAGGAGUCUGUCUUCUUUAUACGCUAUCGUCGCGCCGAGAAUCAACUAAUUAUAUUCGCCGAUGAUACCCAUCCGCGUUGGGUGACGGCCACUACACUGCUUGAUUAUGAUACCAUUGCAAUUGCUGAUAAGUUUGGAAAUUUGAGCAUUCAACGCCUGCCACAUUCUGUCACCGAUGAUGUAGACGAAGAUCCCACCGGCACCAAGUCGCUCUGGGAUCGCGGCCUAUUGUCGGGCGCCUCGCAAAAGUCGGAGAACAUUUGUUCAUUCCAUGUGGGCGAGAUUAUCAUGUCGCUGCAGAAAGCCACGCUCAUUCCUGGUGGCUCAGAGGCACUCAUCUAUGCCACAUUAAGUGGCACUGUCGGCGCCUUUGUGCCGUUUACCAGUCGCGAGGACUAUGACUUUUUCCAGCACCUGGAGAUGCAUAUGCGCAAUGAGAAUCCCCCCUUGUGCGGUCGCGAUCAUCUCAGCUACCGCAGCUCUUAUUAUCCGGUAAAGAAUGUCCUGGACGGCGAUCUGUGCGAGCAGUAUUUAUCUAUUGAUGCAGUGAAGCAGAAGAGCAUUGCUGGCGACAUGUUCCGCACGCCGAAUCAAAUCUGCAAGAAACUGGAAGAUAUACGCACCCGUUACGCGUUCUAAUUAGUUAAUUGUCGAUGCGGAAUCGCUCUCAUCAUUACGUACUUCUUUUUUAAGUCUUAUAUACAACCCAUAAAUUACGGAUCUCGCAAGCGGAACUCACUUGCAAAAAUUAAAACUCUUGCGCUUUGGAUCCUUUGGGUAAUCGAUCAAGUAACUUAAAUAUUAACUAGUUUAUAUGUGUAAUUAUUUGUAUUUAAGCGUAAUAUGCACAUAAUACACACAAUACACAACCACUAAAUGACUGCCUAUUUAUACUACAUUUAAUUUGUUGCACAAAUUCAAACAUUUGUGCAACAAAUUUAAUAGCCACACACGCUAUGUAAUUUAAGCCUGAUAUUAUAAUAAUAAUAAAUGUACACAAAGCACAAAAGUGGACUGUAAUUUAAA